GCGGCAGCAGCGUCGUGGGUCGGUCCACCUGCCGUCAGUCAGCAUGAGUCCGCCGUCCGCGUCGGGUCGCCACUGGGAGGUUCGCCGAUAGUCGUCAUGAGUGGUGAGUCCGUGGGUGAGGCCGUGGGGUACACCCAGUGUAUCAACCAGACUAAGGGGAACCAAAGUGACUUAUUCCUGACUUUCUGCCAGCCAAAUGUUUCCGGAGCGAUUCCAGACGAUAUGGAGCCGGAGCUCCGGGUCAUGGAGCAGAUCGUCAGCAUCGUCGUCCCGGUUCUCUUCGGAAUCAUCAUCAUCCUCGGGCUCUUCGGGAACGCCCUCGUGGUCAUCGUGGUGUCGGCCAACCAGCAGAUGAGAAGUACUACGAAUCUCCUUAUCAUCAAUCUCGCCGUGGCCGAUCUCUGCUUCAUCGUCUUCUGCGUUCCCUUCACUGCCACGGAUUACAUUCUACCCUUCUGGCCCUUCGGCGACACCUGGUGCAAGAUGGUUCAGUACCUCAUAGUGGUAACGGCCUACGCGAGUGUGUACACUCUGGUGUUGAUGAGUCUUGACCGCUUCCUCGCCGUGGUUCACCCCAUAGCCUCGAUGUCGGUGAGGACGGAGCGGAACGCCAUCAUGGCCAUCGGUAUCACUUGGAUCGUCAUUCUUCUCACAUCCAUCCCUGUCUUCCUUUCUCAUGGCGAAGUCACGUACUAUUACUCUUCAACCGAGCACACCGCCUGCGUCUUCCUCGAGAGGGACCCAGUCAACAGGCCCGACGGCUUCAACAAGCCCGCCUUCCAGGUCACGUUCUUCGCCACGUCCUACGUGAUUCCGCUGGCUCUGAUCUGCGGCCUGUACCUGUGUAUGCUGAUGCGACUCUGGCGGGGUGUGGCGCCCGGGGGGCAUUGUUCUGCGGAGAGUAGACGGGGCAAAAAGAGAGUCACCAGGAUGGUGGUGGUGGUCGUCGCUAUCUUCGCCAUCUGUUGGUGUCCAAUACAGGUGAUACUGGUACUGAAGAGUGUAGACCGGUACGAAAUCACAAACACUUCGGUGAUGGUGCAGAUUGUCAGCCACGUCCUGGCUUACAUGAACUCAUGUGUCAACCCCAUUCUGUACGCCUUCCUCUCUGAGAACUUCCGGAAAGCGUUCCGGAAGGUGAUCUACUGCGGGCCGGAUCGAGGCCACCUGCCCGGACACAUAAACGGCCGUCCGGACCAGGAGAAGUCGGCGCUCACCAAGACGACCCGGACCAACGACAUUUUAUGAGGUGUUAAACCGAUAUAAAAGUUGGUUCAGCUCGCAGUUUACUUACCUUUGUAAAUAAACUUAAGACCGUUUUGUUACUUGUUUUCGCUUUAAAAUUAGUAAAAAAUAUGGACUUAAAGAAAAAUGUGAUUAUGUAAGUUUCUAAAAGGACAUUAUGGUAUAUAAUGAACUUGAAUCUUUGUAUUGUGGUCAAUUGAGUUGCUCACUUUAUCAUCGUUAUCAGUGUAUCAAAGUCAUAGGCUGUUUGUGUUGGCUGUUAUCAGUGUUUACUGUUUCGUUGUUACUAAACAUGUUAUCAAUAAUCUAGUGGCAAUUUUCUAUUCAACUCUGUGUUGUUUUUAAACUCAUUUGCAUUUUUGAACCCGAACUUUAAUAUGACACGAACUGAUGUGAGUCUUAUUUGUUGAUAUAAUGCAAAGUUUCCUUACUAACUUGUUAAAUAUUUAAAAAGUAAGGAACACACAAGGUUAUAAAGAAAUCAAAAUAAACAUAUUUUACUCACAAGAAAUGCACAAUCUAUUUAUUCUUUAUAUUAAAUAUCAAUUUCAAACAAGAUAAUUAAAUUUUUAUGUAAAAAUAGUUUAUUAAAACAAAUGAGUAUGUAUAAAUAAAUAAUAUAUUUUAAAUAAAUAAGAAUUGUUGUAACAUGACGCUUAAUCAACCUAUCAAAUGGUGUAUUAUUUUUAUAAUCUACAUCUGUAAUGCCUUCUCAACAGAAACACAAAUUUUGUUGAACCCUUAAGUUACCAGAGUGAAAAUAAAUUCCCUGAGUAUUAUGUUCCCAUUGUAUACGUACCACGUUCGAUUGCACGACUCUACGGGUCAGAAAUGCUCAAUGACGUCGUCACGGUCUCGACCAAUCAGAGGCGAGACUGAGCCCCGGAUUCUUCUGAUUGGCUCAGACACCGUGGGACUCCACCAUUGUAUACAUCAAUGUGUGUGUCUUUAUAUACUCAUUGCUCGGAUUAAACCUGUUGUACAGUUCUUGUAA